AUGGCCAAAUCUUGCUCGCAUUGGUGGCAUGCCCCAUUCUACUUCGCCAUGUCUGUAACACUCGCAGUAAUAGCAAUCACCACACCCAUUCAUUCAUCUCUCAAGAACUCAAUCCCACCAAACAACUCCAUCAAGCACUCUCUCUCCAUAAAUGCUACUCAAGCUCUCCGGACACAUGGCUUCAAUGUCUUCGCCACCCUCCUCCAAUUCUCUCCCGAACUCUUCCUCUCCUCUUCCGAAUCAACCAUCUUCGGCAUCCAAGACUCUGCCAUCUCCAAUCUCUCUCUUCCUCCUUGGGCCAUGAAACAACUCCUCCAAUACCACACCUCUCCUUCCAAGCUCCCAAUUCAAGAACUGUUCAAGAAACCCCUAGGGACUUGCUUACCAACCCUUCUUCAGCACAAGAACACAGCAAUCACGACAACAAAUGUGAACCAACGAUCAAUUGAGAUCAAUAAUGUGCUGAUUUCUCAUCCGGAUGUGUUUCUUGAAGGACCCAUUUCGAUUCAUGGUGUUCUUGGGCCUUUUUUUUCACUAGACCUUCCUGGCAUUGUUCAAGAUUGGGACAUUAUUGAGUCACCCAUUUGUGACACGAAUAACAGGGUAGUUUCAAACAUGAGUGAACCCAAGAACCGAAUUGAAUGGCCUCGGAUUGUGCAAGUGCUCAGCUCUAAUGGGUUCGUUUCGUUUGCGAUCGGAUUGCAUUCUGUUCUUGAUGGGAUUCUCAAAGAUCACGCAAAUUUGAGUUCUGUCACCAUCUUUGCUCCCCCAAACUUGAUGUUUGUGGCAUCUCCUUCACCAUUUCUGGAUAGAAUUGCGAGGUUUCAUAUUGUGCCACUCAAGUUCUCUUACAUAGAAUUGGCUUCAUUGCCAGAGAAAUCAUCUCUGAAGACAUUGAUUCCUGACAAAGAUCUUUGGAUUACUAGUAGAGUUAAGUUUUCACAAAAUUUGGCUAUUCAUGGGGUGGAAAUUACUGCACCAGAGAUUUCUUCAUCUGAGAAGUUUAUUAUCCAUGGAAUUUCUCGAGCUUUCAAUGUAGAGGAGCUUCCCAGUGCAUUAAAGUAG